CUCAGAACAAGCUCUUUCCAGGAUGUCGGGACAGUGCCCAGUGGAGGACUCCGUUGGAGAGUCGGGGAUGAGCACCCCUCUGGGGAGCCUGCAGGAGAGUCCGGGGCCCCUCCAAAGGCCAUGGACAAAGGAGCUGAUCACCCUGGGACCAGGGGAGUCUGGGCAGCAGGUGGCGCUGAGGAGGAUCCAGGAGCUCCGUGCCGGGGACAGCCGGGACCCUUUCAUGGUGGCUGACCUGGACGUGCUGGCCCGCCGCCACCAGACCUUCUGCCAGGCCCUGCCGGGAGUCUUGACCUUCUAUUCCGUGAAGUGCAACAACAGCCCCUGGGUGCUGCGUGUCCUGGCUGCCCUGGGCACUGGCUUCGACUGCGCCAGCCAGGUGGAGAUGGAGCAGGUGCUGGGCCUGGGUGUGGCCCCCUCGCGCAUCAUCUAUGCCAACCCCUGCAAGUCCAUCUCCCACAUCCAGUACGCUGCCCGCCAUGGGGUGCGGCUCCUGACCUUCGACAGCGAGGAGGAGCUGAUCAAAGUGGCCCAGCACCACCCUGGGGCCAGGCUGGUCCUCCGGCUGUGGACCCAAGACAGCCAGAGCAUCUUCCCCCUGAGUGCCAAGUUUGGGGCCAGUUUGGAGGCAUGUGGGCAUCUGCUCACGUCUGCCAGAGACCUGGGCUUGGCUGUGGUUGGAGUCAGCUUCCAUGUGGGCUCCAGCUGCCAGACACCCACGAGCUAUGCACAGGCCAUCACUCACUGCCAGCAAGUGUUCGAGAUGGGUCGCGGGGCCGGGCAUGACAUGAGCCUCCUGGAUCUUGGAGGCGGCUUUCCUGGAGCGGAGGGCUCCCAGCCCUUGUUUGAGGAGUUGGUGAAAGGGAUCAAGGCCGCCCUGGCCCAGACCUUCCCCGAGGGCAGUGGCGUGGAGGUCAUCGCGGAGCCUGGCCGCUUCUACGCAGAGCCUGUCUUCACAGCCGCUGUCAACAUCAUUGCCAAGAAGUCUGUGCUGGAGCCCGGAGGCCGCAGGAAGUUCGUGUAUUAUCUCAACGACGGCCACUAUGGCUCCUUCCGCGUCUUCCUCCGAGAGCCUGCUCCCAGAAUUCCCAUCGUGGUGAAGGAGUUCCGCUCAGAGCCACCCCUCUUCCCCUGCACCCUCUACGGCCCCACCUGCGACGCCUUCGACAGGCUCUUUGUGGCAGAGUUGCAGCUGCCCGAGUUGGACGUGGGCGACUGGCUCGUCUUCCCCUCUAUGGGCGCCUACACAUCUUCGAUGAGCUCCACCUUCAAUGGCUUCCCUCCUGCUACCCUCUGCUACGCCACGAGCCCCCAGCUCAGGAGCCUUCUGGAGACAAAAGCAGCGGCACCUUAAGCCCCCCCAGGCUGGAGGCUUUCGGACACCAUGGCAGGUAUCCUCCACAAGGAGACACUGGAACCCUGCGGCCCUGCGCAACGUCCCCAUGGCCAUCCCUGCAUCCCCUGCCCCAUGUGCCCUGCCCCCUGCCCCUCAGCCCCAUCUCCUACCUGCUUCUUCUGGGCUCCACCAGCCUGUCAGUCCCUGGAGCCCCGCCUUUCAGGCCCAUGCCCCCCACCGGCCUUUCCCAAAAGUCUGUUGAAGAAAACCACUGUUACGUUUCCAGGCAAGCAGCUGGAGUUUUCAGAGCGUUCUCUGUACUUUCCUCCUCGGGCUGGUGGGAGGAGCCCAGGAGAGCAAGUGUAGAAAUAAACUCCUGCUUUAAUAAAAG